AUGGUCAACUACAUUACGAGUUAUCUGGAGAGUUUCCGAAUCCAUUACGUAAUCACCCGAACUGAUGACCGAUUACAUGUCGAUCUAAAAUAUGAAAUGACUAAAGAUGCGAGCAAGGCGAAAUAUUAUUUGAUUAUUUUCUACGAGUUUCAGACAUUUUUAACGCUUAGUCGUUUAGCCAGAGACGUCAUAGACGAUUAUUGCGCGAAGUUUAAAGCGGGACAAAUUUUCUUCGCCGGAAAUAAUUACGGGAAAAUUUCAGAAUUUAAUUUGGAGGUAAAACAAGUGGAAAACAACAAAGCUCAAAGUUUGCGAGUCAAUCCUGACUCGAACACUUUAUGGAUUACAAAACCAGGUGUCGAGACCGCGAAGCCGUCUAGGACACGUUUGACGUACGUUCGGGUUUUCCCGUUCGAUGAUCGGUACGAGAAGGUAGUCUAUCUCGUCCCUACGCGUGGCGCGGAAGAAACGCGGGCCAAUGUGCAAGGCGGGAAUACGAAAGUCGCAAUGCUAUUGGACAACGGGAGAAAGGCGGGAAUCAAAAGAAUUUUUACGACACUCAAUUCAGCGUUCUUUCUACAUGGCUUGCUUUUCUUGGACGCUUUGAAGUAUGUGUCUGUUCUGCCACCCAAAUAUACGUUACAGAGAUAUAUUCAAGUCGACAUUGAUGAUAUCUUUAUUGGAAAAAGUGGACUAAGGCUGAAAAAGACUGAUGUGAAG